UAGAACAAACGAAUUGUGUUAAAUUUUUUUGAGUUGUUAUUUUAUAUCCGUUCUACCUCUCAGAAUGCUCAAGAACAUUUUACGAAACACAUCGACCGUAUGUCAGUAGUAACAUUUCAACAGAAGGAAAACAAGGAUAUGUUAAAUAAGCAAGAUUCGAAGAAAAUGAAACGCAGAUAAUAUCGACAGAUGGAUCUAGACUUGUGAUUACGAUCGAGCCAGUGUGUCUGGAAUUCAGAGCCAAAGAAAAAAAGAUCGAGAAUGAACAACCUUAGCAGUGUCGCUGGUUUCCUUCCGGAUGUCAGAUCGACUUUAUCCGACGAAAAUAAUGCUUUCUUCCGAAAUCUCUCAGGAAUAAAUUUGCCCGAGAAAAUUUUAUUCGUAAUCGACACUGUCAGAGAGACGAAUUGCACUCCGUUUAAACUUUCCACAGGAGCUAAAUACAUGCCUCUGUUUAUGAUGAAACGAGUGGUGGAAAAUUUUGUUUGUAUAAAAUCAACCAUUCAACGCAAACACGAAUAUGCGAUCAUGACCUUGAAUGGCGACAGUGCUAAUUGGAUUUGUGAUUUUACCAACAAUACCAAAAACAUUGUCGAUCACUUGGACGCCAUCGACGAAGAUUUCCAGGAGGAAGAGCGAAACGCUUACGACCUAGGACAAUUAUUCGAAAAGAUACAAUCGAAACUACCUAUGCCACCAAAGAAACACAGUACCUUAAUUCCAACAUUCAUUACUCGAGUUAUUUUGAUGUAUUCUCGAUCGAACAGUAUUCCGAAAUUCGAUACCAGUAAAAAAUUUUUCGACAGUCUCACGGAAAAUCCGUACUUUUUCAUAGACGUUUUGUAUAUACAUGAACCUCCGUGUUCCGAGAAUUUAUGUGAAGAUAUCUAUGCUGAGAUAGCGAAGUUAGAUACAGCAAAUUAUUCGUACAUAUUAGAAGUAGGGAAAAAUGCUGCAAAAUUACACGACAACAUGGCAAAAUUAUUGGCACAUCCACUGCAGAGACCAUCUCAAAAGGAUGUUUGUUAUACAAUUUAUUCGCCGCCCAGUAUUCAAGAAACCCAUACUAAUGUUUAAUAUUGCAACUGCAAAAGUGAACCAUUGUGAAAGUUCGAAGCUUAAACUUUCUACACCAUCGAUGCUUAUUUCGCUGAUCGUGAUUAAUCGAUAACAAUUUUCGAGCACGUGUAGCCUGUAAACCAUAAACUUUCAAGUGAAACAUUUAAUACCAAGUGCUAAUCAGAGGCUGUAGGACAUGUUCAAUGAGACCAGUUAAAUCUGAUAUUUUCAUUCGCCGAGUGCCACUGGAAUCGUCAGACAUCGCCAAGAGAUUUUCUCCUCGUCGUUGUUCCAAUAUACUUUUCCUCUUACUUUUGGAAACUGGGCGUAACUCAAUACUUAGCACGUACGAAGCGCGCUCAUAUGGAAUAGAAAUCCGAAGAAACAUCAUUGCAAAAACUAGCGAAUAUAAAUGUGUAAAUAAAACGGAAUUUAUUUGCGUAUAAAAAAUAUAAUCUCGAAAGUGUUAUCAAUAAGUACAUACCCGCGCAUCAAUGCGUACAUAGUCGUUAGACGUUAUGUUUAUACAACGAUUUAUACCAUUCGAGAAUAACAUUAUACACUAUAUACACUAGC